CUGUAAACUUUUGCCUGUCGCCUGCUCUUUGGGACAGCCUCUCACACGCAUCUCUGGACCCGCAACACCUGGAAACUAUCUCACCUGCAAACCCCGCAACCAAAAACCGCGUCUGCCAUGGAGAUCCCGCAAAGACACGGACAGCAGCCCCCCCGCCACACCUGCAGGACGGCGGGAAGCAUCAAGGUAUGGAGGAGGUCUCCCGGCGGCGCGCUGCUGCUCGCGCUGGCUCUCACGCUCUGCGUGGGGGGGCUGGCCUCGGCGGAGACGCUGUGCGGGGGGGAGCUGGUGGACGCGCUGCAGUUCGUCUGUCAGGACAGCGGCUUCUACUUCAGUAGGCCGACCAGCAGGGGGGGGCUGCGGCGCCAGCAGAGCCGUGGGAUCGUGGAGGAGUGUUGUUUCCGGAGCUGUGACCUCAACCUGCUGGAGCAGUACUGCGCCAAACCCACCAAGUCGGAAAGGGACGUGUCCGCCACGUCUCCGCAGGUCAUUCCCAUGACCCCCGCACAAAAACAGGAAGUCCCAAGGAAGCAGCCUAUGACUGUGAGGUACGGCGACAACAAGGCGUGGCAGCGGACUGCGGCCCAGCGGCUCCGGAGGGGCGUCCCCGCCAUCCUGAGGUCCAAAAAGUUUCGGAGGCAGGCGGGGAAGAUGAAAGCCCAGGAGGAGGCGGUCUUCCACAGGCCCCUGAUCAGCCUCCCCAGCAAGCUGCCCCCCGUGUCGCUCGCCACGGACAAGUUUGUCAACCACAAAUGAGCGGCCCGCCCUUUGCACAGACCCGAGUUUGAGGCGAGGAAAAGACUAGAGGAUUAUAGCUUUGUCUCUGACGUCAUUUCUGUGGCAGUCCUCUUUGACCUCCCCUGCCCUGUCCGAGCCCACCAGUCCCUCCCCCUGCUCUCGACCACCACGUCCUGAACCCCGUGGCCCUUUUCGAACCCCCACCCCGAAUCUCACGCCCCCUCCUCCGGCACACAAACAUGCCUUCACAUUCUUCCUGUCUGAACUCCUUUGCAGGAACAGACAAAAGGCACAAACGCAAAUGUCAAACAAAAGGUUAACAAUUCGCCUGAAUGCAAUUCAGGUGGAAACUUAAGCAAAAGAGAAAAAGGAAGAGGGGCGAGAGGAUGAAAGAGAUCUGUGCUUUGCAAAUGUCAAGAGGACACCUAGAGGAAUGUUCUUUGUCCCGGUGGAGGACGGCUCCAUUCCACGCAGUUUCUCCUGCCGGCGGUUCUUUUUCUUAUUAGUUUGCACCUCUACCUAUAAAGGGACUUCCACACUGUAAGGAAUUAUUUUGCAAAAUUAGAUUCCUGCUCCAGCACCUUUUUUGAUCACAAACAAAAAGCAGAAGAGAGUCUGCAGAAUUGCACAUUGCCACGGAUUACGUCAAAGUAAAGAAAAAAUGGCACUAUUUUUUUAUGAACAAUGAACGUGUAGCUUCAAAAUGUCAUGGUGCUAGCUUUGGGAACGGACUCAAAGAAGAGAUUGAAAAGCACGUUUUUUUUCUGGAAUGAUUAUUAAAACUUUCCGUUUUAUGGAAAGUGUGACUUUAAAAACACGAUGGAAUCAAGGACAUGGGGGGCUCCUGGCAGUGGCACCGUCAGCGGGGAGGAGUCACUGAGGAAGGAUGGGCUGCCUUGGCUCAUAGGCUCACGGCAGAAGGUCGUCGCUCGUUUGCCAGCAUCCCAAGCAAAAGGAGGACUCGACAUCCGGUUCCUUCUGUCCCCCCGAGGCUGACGGACACACCGAGCAGCGAGGGGGUGCAUGGGACACCCUGGACUGCACGGACUGGGACUCUACAAGACUUUCAGGACACUACUUCCUGUUUGCCAGGCUUUGCACGCUUCCUGCUCUGGCAGGAAGUGACAUGGCACGGACAAAGGCCGAGUGGGGAUGAUAAUGAUUAUAUCUUAUUUUGUCUUUUUCAUAUCAAUGUGUCGAUGAAAACCCUGUCAGUUUCUGGUACCGUGACAUUCCUGUUUUUCCAAGUUAGGCUUUUUGUUUUUUGGUUUGAUGGUUAUUUGUUUGAAAAGAUUUUCCUGUCUAAAGAGAAGGCAUACAUUCAAUUCAAAGGGAAGAAAAACAGCAAUAAUGUUCAACUAACAUCAUACGUUCAUUUGAUUUCAUUAAUAUUCACAUGCUUCUGCCUGGAAACAAAUACUUGAACAUACAGUACAUCGUAUAUGUAUGUAUGUAUAUAUCUAUAUAUAGAUAUAUACAUACAUACAGACGCAGAUGAUUAGGUGAGAAUGAGGAAGAUAUUAAAAUAGUUUCCAGGGACGAUGUGUUAUUUUCCUUUAGUCUGAGCUGUAUCUUGCGUAAUGAGCCGCCAAGCUUUUUUGUUUGUUUGUAAAAAUACAAAUAAGGGCACUGUAUAAAGGCAUUAUUUAUUUUGUUAUAAAAUAUAUUUUAAAAAAUUGGUCCAAAUGAUAUACGUAGCACUGAUGCUCAACUGACGGAUUUAUUUUGUAUGAUCUCUGUUUUUCAAUUGGAGUUGGAAGGCUUUUUGUAGAUGCUUUGUACCAAAAAAUGUCUUUUUUUUGCUUUUCAUUUUGCAAUGCUUAGCAUAAAUUAAUAUUUUAACAGCAGCGUAAUGGGAAUUGCUUAGGCGUGUUAUAUCACAGAACAGGCACAUAACUCAGAAAAGGGCGGUUUGCAUGGUCCCUGUCAGGGUUGUCUGAGAAAAAUCUGCUCAAAUAUCUGUUUGUGCUCAAACCCACUACGUUUAUGACGCCACUUUAGCAUUGAUGGCAGGAAUACCAGAAGUCCUCUAUUAAACCAUGUCUUUAUCACGGCUGACGGUGUCCUAUGGUCUUCUGAAGAGCAUCUCAUGUGGCCGCCGACGCCGAGUCAGUUUGACAAUCACGUGACCCAGCCGACAUAACAGCGAAGAUCAUCCGCGGGUCGUGUAGAAAACAGCGACACGGAUCUUCUGUAGCACAUAGGCUGGGGAGGGGGGAGGGGGUGCAUUUAUCCCUCACAAGUUCAUCCAUUAUGCGUUUGAAGCGAUGAAGGGGACAGGGGAGGUGAACCCGUGGCGUGUCGCAGUCGGCUCGUCCGUCACGCCGUCCCACCCAGACAACAGUGACACAGAGCUCAGUCAUCGCAGCUGCAUCAUCUAGAUCUCUAGAACUAUCUACAUCAGUUGUGCAUCAAAGCAAGCAGUGCAAUUAUUAUUGUUAUUAUUAUUAUUACGAUUCAUAUUUUCCUGCUAGGACUGCAUAUUGUAAUAUUACAGGCUACUAUGGUGUUCUUAUGAAAGACAACCACUUCAUUUCCAUAAACAUGAAGAGAGAGCUGCCAGGCGACGGCCGCUUCCUGUCUCAGUAGCUCACUCAAGCCUGUGUGUAUUUUCCUGAUUUAACCUCUGCACGCUAGAACGUCCGAAAUGCACAAUUCAUGUACUUUCAUUUUUAAUAUCAAUAAAAAUACAUUUUAUCAAACGGA